AUGGGCGGAGUUGCGGAGGAAGAGGAGGAGGAGGAGGAUGAGGAGGAGGAGGAGGAGAAGGAGGAGGAGGAGGAGGAGGAGGAGGAGGAGGAGGAGGAGGAGGAGGAGGAGGCGGAGGAGGAGGUGGAGGGGGAGGCAGCGGAGCAGGUGUUUGAGGACGCGGCGGAGGGGAGAGGGGCGGAUGCAGCAGCCGGAGGUAGCGAGGAUGGUGGCGUUGGAGGCGGGGCUGGGACUGGGCUAUACAUUUUGUUAGGGGGGUAUGGAGGGAACCCUUUGUGA